GUCCCCACGGCCACUCUCUCUCUAUCUCUCUCUCUCUCUCUCUCUCUAGCGAAAACGCGUCUCCUCGUUGUCGCUUCACCUCUCUGGAAAAAUGCGUGAGAUUCUCCACAUCCAAGGAGGCCAGUGCGGCAACCAGAUCGGCGCCAAGUUCUGGGAAGUGAUCUGCGCUGAGCACGGCAUUGACGCCACCGGCCGCUACCAUGGCGACUCCGAUCUGCAGCUGGAGCGCAUCAACGUCUACUACAACGAGGCCAGCUGUGGAAGGUUCGUUCCCAGGGCCGUUCUUAUGGAUCUCGAGCCCGGCACCAUGGACAGCAUCCGAUCCGGCCCCGUCGGCCAGAUUUUCAGGCCCGAUAACUUCGUCUUCGGACAGUCCGGCGCCGGCAACAACUGGGCCAAAGGUCACUACACCGAAGGCGCCGAGCUGAUCGACUCGGUUCUCGACGUUGUUCGCAAAGAAGCCGAGAACUGCGAUUGCUUGCAGGGUUUUCAGGUGUGCCAUUCACUGGGAGGGGGAACUGGAUCUGGGAUGGGAACCCUUCUGAUUUCAAAGAUUAGAGAGGAAUACCCAGAUCGGAUGAUGCUAACUUUCUCCGUUUUCCCCUCUCCCAAGGUCUCUGACACUGUCGUUGAGCCUUACAAUGCUACACUCUCAGUCCAUCAGCUGGUCGAAAAUGCCGAUGAGUGCAUGGUCCUUGACAAUGAGGCUCUCUACGACAUCUGCUUCCGCACCCUUAAACUCACCACUCCCAGCUUUGGUGACUUAAACCAUCUGAUUUCGGCAACAAUGUCCGGCGUCACCUGCUGUCUCCGUUUCCCUGGCCAGCUGAACUCCGAUUUGCGGAAACUCGCCGUUAAUCUCAUCCCCUUCCCCCGGCUCCACUUUUUCAUGGUGGGUUUUGCGCCCCUGACAUCCCGGGGUUCCCAGCAGUACAGGGCACUCACUGUUCCUGAACUCACCCAGCAAAUGUGGGACGCCAAGAACAUGAUGUGUGCUGCCGAUCCCCGCCACGGCCGUUACCUGACGGCGUCGGCCAUGUUCCGGGGAAAGAUGAGCACGAAGGAAGUCGACGAGCAGAUGCUCAAUGUCCAGAACAAGAACUCCUCCUACUUCGUUGAAUGGAUCCCCAACAAUGUGAAGUCAACGGUCUGUGACAUACCCCCCACCGGCCUGAAAAUGGCGGCAACUUUCAUCGGUAAUUCAACCUCGAUUCAGGAGAUGUUCAGGCGGGUGAGCGAGCAGUUCACGGCCAUGUUCAGGAGGAAGGCUUUCUUGCAUUGGUAUACAGGGGAAGGCAUGGACGAGAUGGAGUUCACAGAAGCCGAGAGCAACAUGAAUGACCUGGUUUCGGAGUAUCAGCAGUACCAAGAUGCGACAGCUGAUGAGGAAGGGGAGUACGAGGAUGAAGAAGAAGAGCAGGAGGGUUAUUAAUGGGGAAUUUUUGGGUUUUUGAUGUUAUUUUAAUGGAUGUAAUGGUGGUUUCGCAGGUUUGGAUUUGCCUGUCUCUGGCAACACUAAAGAGAAUGCUGCCUGGGACCAUGUUAUCUUGUCUUUGUUCAUCAUGACAAUCAUCUUAUUAAGUUUGCUAUGCCAUGGCUUUGUUCCUCUA